CUUUUGUUGGAUAAUGGAUCUUAGCAUUUGUCUUUAUUGUGAAAAGCACUUGAUUGAAGAGAAUAUCUCUUUCUGCUCUACUUCAUGCGAGACAAAUGAAGCCUCAAAACCCAAUUAUUAUCCUUCACGACUACUAAGUUCUCGACCUACGAGUUGUGCAUCGUAUGAAAUUGCAUAUCAUCGACGUCUUUCGUUUUCAUCCACAUUUUAUCAUCAACCAUUGUCUUCAUCCUCAUCUUCCCUUUCGUCCAUUUCCUUGGACGCUGUACCAAAGCAACAACUGUCAUCUUCAUAUCUAUUAACAAACUCAUCCAUUCUAUUGCAUCAACGCAUUGCAGACCCAAAAAAUUAUCAUCAAAAUGUAUAUUCUACCUUCUUUUUCAACUAGUUACAAAAUCAACAACAACAACAACAACAAAAAAAUCCCUUCUUUCCCCCCAACCCCCCCACUCCCUAUUAUAAGCCCUCUUUUUAAUUGCAAAAUACAAAAAAAAAAAAAUACCAUAUACAUAAAAAAGAAAAAAAAAUGUACAUAAAAACAUAAAAAAUCGGCUCACAUAUCGGUCUCUCCUCGUCAUUUGACAUUAAAAUAGAAUCUUCAUCUAGUUGCAUGGUUUGAAACCUGUUGUAUUAAAGACCUUUUUGUACAACAAUGAAAAGCUUAUAAUAAUAAAAAAAAAAACUCUUUUCCUUCUACAAAAAA